UAAUGUAAGAAGAAUAUUUAGGUUAUGGAGUAGAUUUAGGUGGUAGAUAUACACUACUUGCUAAAUGCCAAUUAUUCUCAGCUGAUGUGGUACUAAAUGAAGGUUAAAGAGAAACAGAAAAUGUCAUAGUUUUUUAGACACAUGAGAGAUUCUUUGGAAAUACUGCUGCACAUUCUUAUAGAUCUAAUAUAUUAAAUUCAGUAAGAGGUUUCCAAAAGCCCCAUACAUUUUAAUAUAAAGGGAAAUCAAUUAAAAUGGAACCUGAAUAAUAGAUAGGAGCUUUUCUUAGAAAAUUAUUGCGAAAUUGUAAUAGAACAAUUGUUAUCUCUUAUCCUGAUUUUUAUACUCAAUUCGAUUUGAUCAGGUUAUGGAGAGCAAUUUAAAUUAGUAAAAUAAAAGUGUUGGCAGCAAUUCCAGAAAAUAUGGCAAUAAGUACUUAUGUUAAUUAUUGUUAAAAUAAUGUUCUACAAAAAGAAAUGAUGAUAAUUGAUUUUGGACAUUCAAAAUUCACAGCAUUUUUAUUAUCAUAAGAAUAAGUUAUAUGUGAGGUUUUUGAUAGAAAUCUAGGAACAUUCUAAAUGGACAAUUAUUUAGCUGAAUGGAUUAUAAAUAAGGCAAAGAUCACAAUAGAUAAAUAAAGUAAAUAUUAUUUAAGAUUGUUGGAUACUUGUGAAAAUAUUAGGAAACGUUUAAGUGCAAAUAAAGAUACUCAUAUUGAUAUUGAACAACUUAUUCCAGAUGUAGAUUUUACAUAUAAUUUAACAAGGUACAUAAUAUAUAUAAUUAUUAAAGGGAAUAAUAUGAGACAAUAAUAUAACCAGUUUUAGAAUCAAUUUAAAAUUUACUAUUUAAUCUCUAUCAUUAGACAUAAAAUUAUUAAUUUAAUUUAAUAGUUACUUUAGGAGGAGGUUCUAGAAUUCCAAUUAUAUAAUAAUGCAUUAAAACUAUUUUUGAAGGUAAAUAAAUUUAAAGUACAAUACAUGCAACUGAAGCUAUAUGUCAAGGAUGUGCAGUUUCUAAUACAUUAAUUACUUAAAGAAAGGAAUAAUUAAAAAAAGAAUAAUCGACUCAUCAUUAUUUAAAUUUAUAUGAACAUUAUCCUAUUUUUAUAGGAAUCAAAACUUAAGAUUAGACUAAUAAUUAAAUGCAUUAAAUCAAUUUAAGAGAGUAUUUCGUCCUUAAUGGUGAAUGUCAAAAAUUUAGUCAUUGCUUAACAAAAUAAUUGGACUAAUUUAAAUCUUAUGAAAUAUCUCUAUUUUAUGAUCCUCCACCUAUUGGAUGUUAAUCAUUGAUUAAAACUUAUUACAUUACUAAUACAAAAAUAAUUAUGUUUUAUUAUGAUGAUUAUGGAGUGGUUUAAAUGACUGCAGAUAAUUAAAUAGCCUUACCAAUAUAAGAUUAGAGAAUUGGACUUAUAGAAAUGAUUGAAAUAGAAGAUCAAUUAGAAUUAGAUGAUAGUAAUGUUUAACUAGUAAUAUUUAUAUAUUAUUAUUAGACUCAUGAUCUUAGAUAUUAAUGUGAAAGAAGAAUAAAUGAAGUUAAACAAUAAUAUAAAAAUAUUAAUCUAAGUGUUCCAUAAUUAUUAAAAGUAGGUGAAUUAAUUGAAGAGUCUGAACAAAGAGUUUUGGAUUAGAGUUUAACAUAUUAGGAUGUUUAAAAUUUGAUGAAUGAGUUUGAAAUAUAAUAUAAAAAUAUUAUCGCUUGA